AUGAGCGUGUUUUCCUCCGCCGACGCCCUCGAGCGGGCGCGUCGGAGCGCGCCCACGCGCGCGGGGGCGUCGUAUCCGUUCGCGAAUGCGAGCUCGACAAAAUCAUCGUCCGAGCGAUCGAGCGGGAAAGCGAGCGCGAAUGGAUCGAGGACGGGUAAGGGCACGAGCGGGGGUGGGCGAAAGGGAUCGGUGCGCGCGGCGUCGCGCGCUCGGGUGGAGGAGGUGCUCACGGGGGCGAGCGCGGCGGAGGCGGCGCUGAGAGAGGCGACGGAGCGGACGCGGAGGAAAGCGAGCGAUGCGCGGACGGAGGAGAGCGAGCGAGAGCGGUUGAAGAGGUACGCGCGCGCGGAGUUGGAGGCGGAGGAGCGGGCAAAGGCGCUGGAGGAGGAGCGGAAGAGGUGCGAGGCGUUGACGGCGGAGAAUGCGAGGUUGGCGCGAGAAUUGGACGCGAACGGUGUGAGACGGUCGGGAGACGCGCGUGCGGGUGAGAACGACGACGAGGAGGUAGACGAGACGGUGAAGGAGUUGUUUGAUCUCGUAGAGAGCGAACGACGGGCGCGGAGUGAGGUUGAGGAGAGAUUGCGCGAGUACGAGCGACGCGCCGAGCGAGCGGAAGUCACGGCGACGGGAGACGCAGAGGCGCAGAGACGAAUCGAAGAGGCCGAGUCCACGAUGCGCGAUCAAGAGAACAAGUUAUCUCAAGCGGCGGAGAUCAUCGGCGAGCUUCGAGCGGCGUUGAUGCACGCGAUGGAGGCGGUGGCGCCGCCAGAGUCGACGACGACAGGAUCUCAGUUAGGCGAGGACGCGAGAGAAGGUACUCCGCUGGAAAGAACGACCGCGGCCAUACGGCGCUGGGAGGGGAAAGUGGAGAAAAUGGUCGUCGAGACGGUGACCUCUGCGCUGGCGCGCGCGAUGGAUUCACCGGCGUUGCAGACAAACAGGCGAGAGGGCGAGAGAGUAGUCUCCAGCGUAACUGACGCAAUAUCUCACGAAUUGAGCGCUAUAAUCGAGGGUGCAAUGUCUGGAAUCGUCGAUGAAAUGCAGUUUCAGUUCGGUCAGGACGAAUUUGAGCACGCGCACGAGGACGAUUACGGCGUUGACGGUCGCAACCGCUUGAUCGGCUGGCUCGCAACUGAAAAUAACCGCCGAGCUCAUCUCGAGGAGCAGCUCACUAGCGUGCAGGACGAACUCGCGCGCUCCGAAGCUAAUCGACAAGUCGCUACACAGCGCUGGCUUCAGGCGAUGAGUCAGCUAGAUGGGAGCAUCAUGGACGACGAGAGUGAUUUGGGAGAGUUGCUGAGCCGACUCGACGACGUCUCCGACGACGGCAUCUCCGUGCGAAGCCUCGACAUGGGCGAUCUCGGGAGUCCGCGUCGAAGGCGAAUUAUGAUGAAUCGUCGCGCGAUGUCUGUCGUCGGCGACGCGCCGAAGCACAUCAGUCGUGUUCGAAGCGGUGACGCAAAUUCGGAGACGCACGAGUAUGCCAAUCUGCACGACGUUGCCCUCGGUCCAAACGCUCGUCUGCAGACGUUUCGCGAGGAAGAAGAAGAAGAGGACGCGGAUGAAAGGAUAGCUGAUCUCGCUAUCGAGGCCACACCAGGCGGACGCGUGUACUUUGCGUUGCGCUCGGUGAUGCGUCGCGGCGUCAUACCCGUGACCACGCGCGUGUGUGUCUUCGUGUACCACGUCGCUAUGCAGAUUCACGCACUGUGCGCGCGCUGUGCUGCAAAUCCAAACUUCGAGCUUAUCUGGCCCAUGUGUCUCAUCGUCGUCGCAUUUUACUGGAAGAUUGGCGCCCUGGACGAUUGGACCGCAUAUGUCCGCUCCGAAGGUGCCAUCGAACAGUUUGCUAGCACGGAAAUUCGCGCCGCCGCCGCCGCCGCCGCCGCUCCCGACCAAUCCCCGACACCACCACUCGUAUCGACGUCCAUUAGAAUCAUCGAUUGA